AUGGGUUCACGGAGACAAGGCGAACGGGAAGGAAUUCCUAAUGUUAACUACGAGAGGGAACAGGAAACAUUUAUGGCUACCAUGAACGACGUGGCUGAAGUAGUGCGUGAAGCUGCUGUAGGAGCGGCUAGGGCUGUUGACCGUCUUGGAGUGAGAAACAGGAAUGAGAAUGAGCAUGGGGAAGAUAGUAGGAAUGAUGAGAACAACUUAGGGCAUCCUGAAAGACCUAUGACCCUUGCGACCUUUCUAAAGGUUAACCCGCCUAAGUUUAAAGGUAUACUCGUUGCGACCGAUGCUGACAACUGGUUUCGAGGUAUCGAACGAUCACUGCGAGCGCAACAUGUUCCGAAAGGCCAACACGUGGAGUUCGCUACUUAUAUGCUGGAAGGAGAAGCGGAGCAUUGGUGGCAGGGGAUACAGCGACUACUGCAACAGAAUGAAAAUGACGUUCCUUGGGAUACCUUUAGGGAUGAAUUUUAUAAGAAGUAUUUCCCGAGAGCAGCACGUGAUGCUAAGGAGAUGGAGCUUAUGCAGCUGAAACAAGGGGAUAUGACUAUUGCUGAGUAUGCCCGUAAAUUCGAUGACUUGUGUCGUUUCUCUAAGAUUUGUCAAGGGAACCCAGCAGACUUUGAGGAAUGGAAGUGUUUAAAGUUUGAAGGAGGACUCCGAGAAGAACUGAUGAAUUCUGUUGUUCCGCUAGAGAUACGAAAUUUUGCUGAACUAGUGAAUAAAAGUAAACUAGUGGAAGAAUGUUCAAAGAAGUUGGCAAUAGCUCGAGCAAGUCGUAGGGAGGAUUUACAAAGAGACUUUGUUCAGAAUUUAGCCCUUCAAGGUCACAACUUUAAAGCCAUUGGUCAAUUCCAGCAUUGGAAUGGAAACCACCGAGCUGUCAGCCUUCUAACUUGCAAUAAUGGUAGUGACAAUAACCGUGACAUUCGACAAGGACAUGAGAGUCAACCUCACCAAGCUCAGAAUGGUGUAAUAUGCCCAACUUGUGGAAAGAACCAUGGUAGUAGGCUUUGCCGGGUUAGAACAGGUUUAUGUUACUAUUGUAAUAAGGAAGGACAUCGGGCAAGAGACUGUCGGAAAAGAAUGGUAGAUGAGUCUGCUGGCAACACUAUAAAGUUUGGAUCUAUCGCUCGAGGUAAGUUCUAUGCUAAGAAUUUGCUUAAGUCAGAUAUCAUUGCAACUUUUUACCUACGCCUCAAAUUUUGA